AUUGGCCUGUGCGCAGCUAAUAACAGUAUUGUGGUGAACAGUUCCUCUCAUUCUCUUAUUAUAAAUCUCUCUCAGAAGCUUGGGCUCGCUCUGUCUCCGACGAUUCUGCUUCACAAUUUCACCGGCGACGAACGAUAAUCCGAGAAUCCGCAGGCGGCGAGAGUUGCGAAGAUGCCUGAAGGAGUUGUAGAUUCACUCACAAGCACAUUUCCUAUGCCGAGAGAAUCGGAGUCCGCUUCUCGACUGAGAGCUAUUAUCUCCGAUAUGCUUCCUAUCUUCACUGACGAUUACGCCGACGACGGCACCCUUUCUGAGUAUAUUACGGUGAUUGUUUGUAACGGGAAGAGUCAGAGCCAGGCGAGAUACUAUUUGGAGGCCUUUCUCGGGGAGCAAUCUGGGAAAUUCGUUGCCUGCUUAUGGGAGCUUCUUUCGAAGGACUUCUCUCAAGGUAAGCAGGAAAAUCCUGGUUCUGAACCUCUGCCUAAGAAUGAAGUUGAUUGUGGUUCUCAUGAUACUCUAAUCGAACAAGGUUUAGGCUCCAGAAGGGAUAAUGACUAUGACCAUAAAGCUACCAAUGCUACUUACUUGAUGAACGAAAAGCUGACAUCAGGUACUACUGCUCGAGAAGACGCUGAGACUCGACCAGAAGUUAGUAACAUGAGGAUGUUGCGACAAGAGCUCAUUAAUAGCCCUUGUAAAAGGUCGCAAGUUCCGAAAGAGAAAGAUGAUUCUGGUGUUAAUUACUCUAGAAAAGUACUGCGCUCCGUCGUUGUUUCAGCCACUAAGCAACCAUGUGGUGUGAAUCCUGAUAGAUACGAAAAGUCUAUGGAUGCAAGGAGAGGAAGAAGCCUACAGAGACGCUUAUACUUUCCAGAACGAGAAAUGAAGCCUCAUGUUAGUGUUUGGGAUCGUUUGGGCCGACCAGGUGACAAAGAAACCCCUACACGGCCUAAGUUUAGAAUUCAGGAAGAUGAAAACAAAGUGUUUCAGCAGUAUGGACAACGCAGCGAGACAUUUCAAAGAGAAGAAGUUCCUGCAGACAGUUACAGGCAACAAUACCAAAAAGCUAGGAAACCCGAGGGUGGACUUAUUACAUACACUGAACCUCAUAUCACGCAUAACCUCGGCAGAAAGAGGCGUUAUGGCAGCAUCAACCCUUAUUCAAUAGAGGCUUCAGCUGGUGAGUUUAGCAGUGUUCCUCAGCAUAAGAAAGCUAAACAGGAUGUUGAAAAGCCAAGCCUGCUCUCCUCCUAUCAGUCAGCAAAGCAACAUCUUUUCACUGAAAUACUGAACAUGAAACAAAAGAUGCAACAGUUAGAAAACCAAAUUAAUCAAGCAAAGCAGUUGAAGAAACAGAAAGUUGGAGAACUCAAACGCUCACCACAAUCUGGAGAAUUGCAGCAUCAAGAAGAUGUCACGGAAUCAAAAAUCGUACAUGUUACUAACGUACACUAUGCGGCAAAGAAAGAAGCUAUAUCAAUGCUCUUCAGCAAGUGUGGAACUGUCGAAAACGUUACAGUUGUAACAGAUCCAGUAACUGGACAUCCAAAGGGUGCUGCUAUUGUGACUUUUGCUACAAAGGAGUCGGUUAACAAAGCAAUAGCUAUGAGCAACACAAUGUUCUAUUCAAGACCAAUCAAGGUCCGUUUCGAUACUUCUCUUUCUCGAAUUCUCGAACCAUAUUACUCCGUUUCAGACACAACUAAAAGUCUUACAACUUUCCAGCUGUCGUCAUUAUCUCUACCUCCGCAGCUUCAAGCAGACUCACAACCUCCAGAAAACAUGGACGCACUUCAGGGUUACCAUCCCAGCAACGAGUCAUGA